AUUUUGAGCUAGAUAUGUUUGAUUAUUGGCUUUCUAUAAGCUGAAUUUUGAUGAUUCCAGUUUGACUCAUUGAUUAUAUAUCUUUAAAUUGAGUUGGGCGGGUAGGAAAAUUGGGUUGAAUUUAGGGAUUGAGUUAAAAGUAGAGGUUGAACCCAAAUGGAGAAGAUGAACCCGAGAUUCGAUUCAGCCCAAGAGAUAAAAGGAGCCCAUGAAAUAACAAGAAGUUGGGAAUCUUGUUGCUUUCAAUUUUUCUUAAAAUUAAAGCAAGAGUAAAUCCGAAGAAAUUACUAACAAUUCAUUCUCUCCGGGCAAAGCAGUGAGGGGAUUCAGAUCCAGUCUGACCGUAGGAAUUCCGAGAGAGAACGGUUAGGAGAAGAUGGAGAAGAUGAACAAUGCGUUUGAGAAGAUGAAAAUGCUGGUGGGAAUGGAGGUGGAAGAUGAGCACCAACAGCCUGCAAUUGAAGAAGAUGGAAACUCUUUCUCCUUCAUGGACGAUUUCAAUCGCCAGUGCACUUUGACCACCAAGCAGAGGUUUUAUGGGUUUGCCAUCUGCUUGGUUUCUGGGUUGGCUUGUACACUCCUGUCAAUCCUUGUUUUCUUCCAUCCAAUCAAGUUUGGAAUCACAUUUACAUUUGGCAAUUUGCUUGCACUUGGAAGCACCGCAUUCCUCAUUGGUCCAAAAAGGCAGGUGUCAAUGAUGCUUGAUCCUGUUCGUAUAUAUGCAACAGCUAUAUAUCUUGCAAGUAUGAUAAUUGCUCUGUUUUGUGCCUUCUAUGUUCGUAACAAGCUAUUGACACUUCUGGCUAUCAUGCUAGAAUUUGGUGCACUGAUUUGGUAUAGCUUGAGCUACAUCCCUUUUGCGAGGUCAAUGGUUUCAAAGAUCAUGGUAUCCUGUUUCGACACUGAAUUUUAAUCUGAAGACGAUCUUGAAUGAAUCUACCUGUGGGAUUUUGUGUAUAUACAAAGAAGGGAGGUCAGUCCUGAUCUGUAAAACCGAAGUAUGGGAUAUGUCUAUUAUGUACGAAUAGUAAAUCUCAAAGACGAAUUUUCCAUGCAAAA